AAUAGCGGAAUUAUUUGAAUCCGGAAAAUGAGUAAAGGCAAUGAGUAUAUUUUGGUGACAGUAUAGAAUUAUUUUUUGGAUAUUUCAAUGCUCAUUGCAGAGAAAAACACUGAAAAUGUGGUCGUUUGGAAUCGUAGUUUGUUUUGGUUUAAAUCUUAUUCAGUCUAAUGGUGUUAACGGACAAAUCUGCCAAGGAGAAACGUGUUCUGAAUGUAUCUCUUUUUCUAAAGAUUGUCGAUGGUGCAUGCAGCCGAAUUUUCACGACACAGCGUCACUAAGAUGUAACAAAUUGGAAAAUUUACUGGAUGCUGGUUGCUCCGAGGAAAAUAUAAUUUCCCCCAAUUCUUCUAUUGAGUAUAUCAAGAACGAGGUAGUGACGGAUGGAGACUCCAGUGGACAAAAUGCUGUCCAACUUUCUCCACAGCUUGUUCAUAUCAAAUCCACUCCUAACACUCCUGUAAAAAUUCCUAUCACAUUCCGAGCUGCCAGGAAUUUUCCUGUUGAUUUAUAUUUUUUAUUCGAUGCCUCAUAUACCAUGAAAGACCACAAAAACAAGCUAGCAACCUUAUCACAGGAAAUGGCCUCCAAAAUACAGAGCAUAUCACGAAAUUAUAGAUUUGGUUUCGGUUGUUUCCAAGAUAAAGUUAUUUUGCCAUUUACAGAUACUAAAACCUCAUAUUUCACUUCAAUUUGUAGGUUCAAGAUUGGCGCUCCAUGUUCAGUUUGCGUUCCGCCAUUUGGAUAUCUUCACAGAUUAUCAUUGACUAAUAAUAUUGGAGACUUUUAUGUAACAAUCCAGGAUUCUCCCCUGUCUGGAAAUAUUGAUACACCGGAAGGAGGGUUGGACGCUAUCAUGCAGGCAGUGGCUUGUGAGAAUGAGAUUGGAUGGAGAGAGCAAGCACGACGUCUUAUUAUAUAUGCGUCUGACAAUACGUUUCAUUUUGCCGGAGACGGAAGGCUUGCAGGCAUCGUGCUACCGAACGACGGAAAAUGUCAUUUAGUGAAUGGAACAAACACAGAAGAUAUAAGACAGGAUUAUCCGUCAAUCGGUCAGAUAUCGCAAAAAGUGUCGGAGAAAAAUGUCAAUUUGAUAUUCGCCAUUGUGAAAAGCGUAGAGGAAGACUACCAACAACUAAGUAAAAAUAUUCUGGAUUCGUACGUUGGGGUUUUAGAAGGGGAUUCCUCAAAUGUCGUGGACAUUGUCAGAACAACGUAUGAGGCUAUCAUAUCGGAGGUAAAAUUUAAAAUCGACGCCCCAAAUAACACAGUGGUAAAAAUAUUCUCUAAUUGUAACAGUGAAAAAAUGAAAGAAACGACAGAAUGUAAAGGCCUUAGUAUAGGAAAAGAGAUAAAGUUGGAAGUACAAGUGUACAGUACCAAGUGUCCUGAGAAGCCAGACGAUCGAAAUCGUACUAUCAACAUCACGGCCAUAGGUUUAUCAGAUCAGUUUACUAUUCAGUUAGAAUCAGAUUGUGACUGCGUGUGUGGUUUUUCCGAGCCAAGCAGUCCUCGAUGUAGCACAUAUGGAACUUUCGAAUGUGGAAUAUGUAAUUGUGAUGUUGGUCGAGAGGGAGAUAGAUGUCAAUGCUCAGAAAUUGAUGUUAUAGAAGGCAGAAACGUGGAUCCGUGCGUAAGCAAUAAAACCACAGUAAAAUGUAUGGGACGUGGUGAAUGUAAAUGUGGUUUAUGCUCCUGUGAAUUAGGCUACACUGGUAGAUAUUGUGAAUGUGAUACGAAUGCCUGUGAGAAACUUGAUGGUCAAAUAUGCGGAGGAGCUGAAAGAGGAAGAUGUGUCUGCGAGACAUGUGUCUGUAAUGAGGAAUACACCGGAAGUAAAUGUGACUGUCCUACCAGUACCGAUGCCUGUCUAGCUCAAGAUGGAACGAUAUGUAAUGGAAAAGGAACGUGUAAAUGUGGUAAAUGUAUUUGUGAUGCUCUUUAUAUUGGUUCGACUUGUCAGAAUUGUCCAACUUGUCCAGGGGCCUGUGAAGAUAACAGAGAUUGUGUAGAAUGUAUUGUAUUUAAUGAAGGUGAACUCACACAAGACGAAUGUAUUGAACAGUGCCCUGUGGUCGAAAUUGUAGAAUCUAUCGAGGAUUUGAACGAGACCUGUCAAGCUAAAGAUAUAGAUGGAUGUAAGAUGAUUUAUAAAAUCGUAUAUUUAGAUGAUGGUAAUACAACCAUCUUGGCGCAGAAAUAUAAAGUAUGUUCAACACAGAUUGACAUGGUGCCGAUUAUAGCCGGAGUACUGGGUGGAAUUGUUGGUCUGGGAAUAUUCCUGUUAGCAUUGUGGAAGAUACUUACCUCUGUUUAUGAUAACAGAGAAUAUGCUAAAUUUCAACAGGAAGUAGAUCAGGUCAGAUGGGCCCAGGAAUCAAAUCCCAUAUAUAAAGGGGCUACGUCAACUUAUAAAAAUCCAAUGUGUAACGAUUUCGAUGCAAUGUGAAAAAAAAACCUAUUUGAAAUAAAAGUCGAGCCUUAUUCUUUAUUCGGUAGCUGACCAGGAUUAGAACUUACAAUAACAUUUAU